AUGAAGACCCCCAUGCGCCAUGGGGUAACCGUGCUUCUCGUGCUUCUUCUGUGCGCCAGCUUGUUGCUCGUGUACAACGGAGGCUUCAUCACCGUCGCUACCAGGGACGCUAACGACACUCGCACCCGACAGCACGAGCAGCUGCGGCGGCCCACCGAAGCCCCCCCCGCAGCCGCCGCCGUGGCCCUCAAGCCUCACCCCCCCGUGCUGCAGGGAUACAGCGGCAUCAUCGACCAUAAGCCUCUGCAGAUGCACUGCCGGACCUGCGCCCUGGUGACCAGCUCCGGUCACCUCCUGGGAGGCGGGAGGGGUGAAGAGAUCGACCGGGCCGAGUGCGUCAUCCGUAUGAACGACGCCCCCACCGCCCGGGGGUUCGCCCGCGACGUGGGCCGCCGCACCUCCCUGCGUGUCAUCGCUCACUCCAGCAUGCAGAGGGUGCUGCGGAGCCGCCACGAGCUGCUCAACGCCAGCCAGGACACGGUGUUCGUCUUCUGGGGCCCGAGCAGCUACAUGAGGCGGGACGGGAAGGGCCUGGUGUACAACAACCUGCGGCUGAUGAACCAGGUGCUGCCCAAGCUCAAGGUCUACAUCAUCUCCUGGCAGAAGAUGCUGCAGUUUGACGAGCUCUUCAAGAAGGAGACGGGCAAAGACAGGAGGAUCUCCAACUCGUGGCUGAGCACCGGCUGGUUCACGAUGACCAUCGCCCUGGAGCUGUGCGACAGGAUCAACGUGUACGGCAUGGUCGCCCCGGACUUCUGCAGGGAGCCUCAGCACCACUCGGUCCCGUACCACUACUACGAGCCCCGGGGUCCGGACGAGUGCGCCAUGUACAUCUCCCACGAGCGCGGGCGGAGGGGCAGCCACCACCGCUUCAUCACGGAGAAGCGGGUCUUCGCCAGCUGGGCACGGACGUUUGACAUGCACUUCUACCAGCCGGACUGGAGCCCCCCCCCGCUGCCGGCCAACCGGACGCUGCAGGGAGGAGAGGCGGCCACCACGGGGGGGCCGCUGCUGGAGACGUGA